UGCCCUACUUCUCUCCCGCGGCACACAGUGCGCAUGCCCAGGAUCUCGUGAGCGAUAUUGUUGUGCUGUGUUUGAUAGCAACCGUUUCACAGUAUUUCAGUAAACUAGUAACUUAUUGUGUCUUUUAAGAAUAUCAGUUAACAUGGCAGAUCCAAGAAUACGACAGAUUAAAAUCAAGACUGGCGUUGUUAAGCGGUAAGUGCAGUUUUUAAUUCAUAACAUCUUAAAAGAUAGCAGGCUAGCUAGUUAACUGACUAACAUGCUACACCCACAAGGCCGCGGAUACCUACGGCUCGAGACAGAAGUCAGACUGUGCGUCGAGAACAAUUCGCCGUUAUAGAUUUAACUAUACACCGGUGCUUUAGGGAGGUGCAUGCAUUGUCAAUUAAAACAAGGCAGUAGCAAGGACAUAAGAACCUGUACUUCAUAACAUAUUUUAAUAAUAUACAUUUUAUGUUGUUGAGUGACUUUCGCAUUUUUAUACAAUGUUUAAACCAUUUAUAGUAAGUGCGUGUGUGCUAAUGUUAGCAAGUCAUCCCUGUUAGUAAGUGUUGCCUAAUGGUAAGUGGCUAGCAUACAAGCUAGCAUGCAACAUACUUUGCAUUCUCUUCUCGACAAUCAUUAUGGAUGCAAAUCUGAUGUUAUGACAACCCCUGAUAUGUACUGUUGUGCUACUUUUUUUUAUUUUUUUUAUGUAUCCUAUUAUUUUCAAUGUAAAUCUUGCUCAGGCCUUGUGAAUAAAAAAAACUAAAAAUCUACUUUGCAUUCUCUUGGCAGGUGCGCAAUAAGCAGUCGCUACAUGGCCUUACUAUGCUACAGUACUAGCAUUGUUUUCUCUUGUCAUCUCUGCCCAAGGUGCAAGCAAUGCACUCGUCAGAGCCAUAUAGACCAUGCUUUGCUAGCUAAGUGUUCAUGUGAAUGUAGGCUAAAGGCCUAUUUAUGGUCAGUGACCGUACAAUUGUAAACAUAAGCCUAAAUGCAGGCAUUUGAUGCACUGCAGCUGAUUUUCUGCAAGCUCAUUCUCAUCUGAGCCAGGUUCUUUUUGUUGACAAGGCAAUCAGUUUUAGCUUAGAGUUGCACAGUUAGGCCCUGGCUGCAAAUUACUGAUGUUUUCCCUGACGGGGCAUUCCCUCCCUACAGUCCAACAUCUGACUAUAAUCUGUUAGUUAAAAAAAUUAAAUGGAACACACAAAAGUAGUCACGAUUAGAUCUAUUUCACUAAUCAUACUAAUAUUUUCAGCCUCCUUUUAUUUCUGAUGCAUCCUAAUCUUUUAUCGGAAGGACAGAACAAGAAUGUGAUAUUUUAAUUCAUGUUCUCCUGAAAGCUAUUCAGUAGCUUCUAUUCAUCAAAAAAUUCCAUCACAACACUGGACAUCAUCCAUAUAUAAUCUAGCUAAUCCAUAAAUAGAAUAGUAGGCCUAAGCAUGGAGAGGAUUUUUUGCUCACCCUCUCUUAUCACCGCCUGGUUCACUCCCUCCGUGGCCCUUUGUGUAAAUGUGCUAUCGAUUUGUGUUUUGAUUAGGGUCACAAUACUAACGGGCUCCCUGAUGAGUGUGGGUAAUGGCGGUGGCGGCUGAGAAUUCUCCCUCAGAAGGUGAUGUUACAGAGAGGGUGUCUGAUGCAGUGGAAAAACUGUAGGCCCGCCGGUGUAUUGAGAGGUGGUGCUUUAUCAAGUUGGUUGAAACACAUCUCCAUUCUAGAAUGGCUUCAUUUACAUUCUAAAACGUCUCUAUUCUCAUUCCUUCCUAUGCGGCCCCAUUCAGAAUAGGUUGACUUCAUCAUCGGCUGUCCUAGGAAUGGAAGAUUUUACUGAGGCAUAUUAAGUAAGGAGAGGUCCAUUACCCAUUCAGCGCCUGUAGCAUGACCUUGGUAUUGGAACCUGCAGCCUCUGUUCAAAGUCAGAUGGAACAGACUGCCUUUGCGCUCUUUCUGUCUGUUUCUCGUGUAAUUCUGUACCCUACUAUAUCCUGUCUCUCUUUCCCUCUUUCUCUCAUGUCCCCCUCACUCUCUCUCUUUCAUUCUCACUAUCUCUUUCUCCCCCUCUCUCAUUCCUCAUAUGUUAUUAAAAGCCUAGCAGCUCCCUGUCGGCUCUCUCCCAGUAAGGCCUGUUCCAUUGGCUUUGUGGCUUUGUACAUUCCAGUCAGUGCCUCCUCUCUGCCCUAGCGAGGCGGAUGCCCUUAAUAAAAUGACAACAGUAAUUUGGCUUUGUCAUUCGGGCCUUGGCAUAGGGCUAGGCCGGUGCUCAAAAAUGCAGUGCUGCCGGAGGAGGAGGCGGCCGAAUGUGUGUCGGAUCUCUAAUUCCCUUUUUUUCCUUAUUUUCCAGAGAGAUGCCUUUUCCAUUAAGUCCAGGGUGGCAGGUCUAUUUAAAACCAGCCACGACCCCACCCCUCAUUCACACACACACACACACACACACACACACAGCCAGCGUUUCCAAGACCCAGCCAGAGAGAAAUAAGAAAUGAACAUCGGGACUGGAUGAGAGAAAGAGGAGGACGGACGGGGUGGGGGUGGACAUUUAGUUAUUAGACUCUCCUUCAGUUUUAUUCAAAUUAUGUCAAUCCCUUUUUCCUCUCCUUCCUCUCUUCCCCUCUCUCUUGUUGCUGCCUUCUUUCCCUCUAAAUAACCUCAGAGGAACCGAGGAGAGGUGGAGGGCUCCUCUGCUGUUCGUUGUUGCAUAUGCUGCCCGUUUAAACAGCGUCUUGAUGGAAACGUAUUAAAAUGAGCGGUAAUUGACAUAAAAUAUGACAGAGUGCUGUUGGCUUCCUCGGCUAAGCAAGGCGCCACUGCAACACUGAGGAGAGGGUGUUUCUGGGUAAUGUGCCUGAUUAAUGAAGGAUCACUCACACACACGAACCAACGCACACAGCUGAUUUUAUGAAAAAUGAAUUCCGCGUCGUCAUCCCGACAAGCAAAGCUGCAGCCGGAAAAAGACUAUUAGUCAGGAAUCAUUAUCAAUAGUGAUAUUUUCAAACUCCAUUAUGCCAAUCAGGGUCUGAAUUUAUUUAAUAGAUUUAGUUCCAUUUGGCCCGUAAUUGAUAAAUAAUCAAAAUGUAUCAAUGUACUCAAGCCCAUUUUCACUAACAAUCAAGGAAAAGUGGUCCAUUUACCACAUGACUUGGUCCAAAUUAGGGACUAAAUUGAUGAUCAAUUAAUCCUAGAAAGGGCCAGUAGAGUGUGUGUCCUGCUAGAAGUGGCAGUUAAAUGGAGACAGAGUCAGAUAAGCGUGGUGAUCAGGCAGAGGAGGAAGGCAAGGCGCUGUACUGUAGUAGAUCCACAGAUAACCAACACGCAGACAUCACCGUUAUAUUAUACCCACACUGUACACAUCUGGAAACAAUGGGACAUAUUGGUUAGGCCUAUUUUAUUGUUUGUUUACCAUUACUUUACCUGGUGGUAAGUUGAAUGACAACUCAUCCUCAUUUCUCUUUGACAUUUUGGGGCCUGAGAUUGUACAGCUUUGGGUUUUCAUGUGUUUUUUUCUGUGUUUUUUUAAACUAAUAUACAUUGACAUUUUAGUCAUUUAGCAGACGCUCUUAUCCAGAGCGAUUUACAGUUAGUGAGUACAUACAUUUUUUUUUCAUACUGGUCCACGGUGGGAAACGAACCAACAACCCUGGCGUUGCAAACGCCAUGCUCUACCAACUGAGCUACACGGGACUAAUCUAUGAAUCUAUGAACAAAAAUAUAAACUCAACAUGUAAAGUGUUGGUCCCAUGUUUCAUGGGCUGAAAUAAAAGAUCCCUUAAAUGUUCCAUAUGCACAAAUAGCUUAUUUCUCUCAAAUGUUGUACACAUUUGUUUACAUCCCUGUUAGUGAGCAUUUCUCCUUUGCCAAGAUAAUCCAUCCACCUGACAGGUGUGGCAUAUCAAGAAGCUGAUUAAACGGCAUGAUCAUUACACAUGUGCAUCUUGUGCUGGGGACAAUAAUAGGCCACUCUAAAAUGUGCAGUUUUGUCACACAACACAAUGCCACAGAUGUCUCAAGUUUUGAGGGAGCGUGCAAUUCACAUGCUGACUGCAGGAAUGUCCACCGGAGCUGUUGCCAGAGAAUUGAAUGUUAACUUAUCUACCAUAAGCUGCCUCCAACGUCGUUUUAGAGAAUUUGGCAGUACAUCCAACCGGCCUCACAACCACAGACCACGUGUAACCACGCCAGCCCAGGACCUCCACAUCCCGCUUCUUCACGUGUGGGAUCGUCUGAGACCAGCCAUCCAGACAGCUGAUGAAACUGAGGAGUUUAUCUGUCUGUAAUAAAGCCCUUUUGUGGGGGAAAAACUCAUUCUGAUUGGCUGGGCCUGGCUCCCCAGUGGGUGGGCCUAUGCCCACCCUGUCCAGCCGUGAAAUCAAUAGAUUAGGGCCUAAUGAAUUUAUUUCAAUUCACUAAUUUCCUUAUAUGAACUGUAACUCUGUAAAAUUGUUGAAAUUGUUGCAUGUUGCGUUUAUAUUUUUGCUCAGUAUAGAAGGCCUCAAUGUUGAUUUGUUUUUGUAUGUUGUUUGUAACUAAGCUGUGCUCUUGUCUGUUAUUGUCUCUCCAGGCUGGUGAAGGAGAAGGUUAUGUACGUCAAGGAGACCAAGCUGCAGGAGGAGAAGAUUGAACGACUGAAAGCAGAGGCCUGUGACGAAGAGGCCGACUCAGAUGCCAAGUAUGUCAUCAAGAAACAGGUGGGUGAAAGCUCAGCAGAAUAAAUAGCCUACAUUAAGUAAAAACAUACUUUACACACAUAGGCCUACAUAUACUAACACUUUACAUUAAGUUGCUUUUAAAGUUGUGUAAUAAUGAUGUUAUAACUAUAGUAACAACGUUGUAUUAAGUUUAUUAUGAUUUAGCAAUUGCUUUGUGUAGCACAUUCAUGGUUUAGAACUGGUUUUGUUAUUACAAAAGAUUUUAAUACAAUGUUGCUACCCACUUGGUUACUACACAGGAAAGAGUCGGCCUGAUGAAGUAAUGCAUAAAGAUAAUCUUGUCCUCUAAUGAGGUGUGUGCUUUUAGGAACGUUUUAUUGGAAUUAUAAAUAAUCUGUUAUAUUUUUCUUCGUGAACAUUUUAUUUGUCACCUUCAUGGCUAAAUGUAUAGCUUUCUAAUGUGCUUUAACAAGCUUAUUGUAAAAGAUAAUUAUAGGACAGUACAGAACAGAUGAUACCAGUAGCCCUACAUUCACUGUAAUGAGGUCAGCGUAGUAUCAUUAUGAAGAAUUAGGCUUGGGGUGGGGGGGGGGGGGUCCGUUAGUGAUUUAGUCAUUUUCAGAUUUAAUGACGUUAUGUAACUUUGGAGGAGUUUGAUAAUUACUGACACAUGCUGUUAAUUUACAGCCGCUAGGAGAUCGCUGGCCCAUAUCCUCCUCUGCUCCCUCCCUCUCUUUCUCUCUCCCUCCUUUAUUUUCCCUGCUUAGUGUAGAAUGAGUGAGGAAUGAGAGGCUAUUGGAAGAUAAAGACCCAGUGUGACUUCUGUCCCAGGUGCCCUACUUCAUAACCUUUGUUUUCAUCUCAGAUAUUCUAGGGAUUCCACCUUGUGGAAAGGAUCAUCUGCAAUGAUUUCAUGCCCAAUAGACAACUGGUUCUACUCUUGUAGUAUGCACAUUAGAUAGCUAGUGUAUGUCUGAAAUCAAAGCAGAUGAAAUGCCGCUUUUUCAACAAUCUGUGUUUUCCCCGCAGAAUUACAAGUUCUCUGGUUCGACCAAUUGUUAGGUUUGUUCAUUUGAUGGGGAUCGUUUCAGAAUGUUGAGGGAGCUUUAGGUCUAGGGGUGCGUCCCAAAUGGCAUCUAUUCCUUAUAUAGUGCACUACUUUGACCAGAGCCCUGUGUGAAUAGGGUGUCAUAUAUAGCCAAUAGGGUGCCAUUUGGGACACUUACCAGGUGUAGGUUAGUGGUGGGCAUGGGACUGGGAGAGCAGAUGGAUUAUAGUAGGAGAUGGUCAGGUUGGAGGGCAGGAUGGAUGGAUGGAUUAGAGGUUUUCAUUGUAAAGGAAUCAAUAGGCCUUUAAGUGUAGUCUUUAUCCUGCUGCUGAUGGGAUCAUUCCACUGCACUGGUACUGGGAGGCCACCAUGACCACUCUACCACCUCACCGUGUGCGUCACUGCCUGUGUGUCUCCACCUCACCACUGGAGUUUCUUAGCAGUGUGUUAUGAAUGAGGUGUGUCUGACUCCUCUGUGCUCUUUAGGAUGCCAGUCAGGGGAAUUCCCCAUUCGCUUUGCCUGUAGAGAGACUCAGUUCUGCCUGAACCUCUGGCUCGAACUCAGCUUCCCCACAGGCGUAGUAAUACCUCUCCAUGCCUGAUCACCGUAGUGCUACAUGCCCUGGGCAUAGUAAUACCUCUCCAUGCCUGAUCACCAUGCUGCUACUUCUCUGCUUUGGUCUUCUCCACUCACCCAGGUGUGCCGGAGGCAGAGCGAGGCGAGGACCCCUGCUGCUGCCCAACUCCCUGCCCGAUCAAUAACUCAAUAAAAAAUGUCACACAGGCAGAGAGCUUGUUGUGGGACGUUAACCUUAGCACAGCAUAUGUGGGAUACUAAACCAAGACAUUGCCUAUUGCCAGGAACCACAUGAUGUUAUUGAAGCUGUAACACUUAGUUUUUCAACCUUUAAUACAUUACAUUCUAAAGCAGUGUUUCUAAACCUUUUUGUCGUGUGGUUCUUCUGCUUAGAGGACCUCUUGAAGAAAAACUAACACACACAACUGAUAUGCUUAUAAAUGGUGUAGAUGACGAUCUUCGUCAUCUACACGAUGGUGCUGAUUAAUAACAUGUGUUGUGCUCUCUCUGAAUUCCAGGUGGAGGUGCUACAGGAGUCCAAGAUGAUGAUUCCAGACUGUCAAAGGCGUCUGACCAUAGCACACGCAGACCUGUCCCAGAUACUAGUAAGAACAGCUCUGUUUUCUUCCGGGGGUUAAAAAAAAAAUCUCAUGGAAGCAAUCCUAGUGCAACAGUGACCAAGAUGGAGUCUGUUAGGAAGGAAGACACAUCAAGAGGAACCAGACUCUAGAGGUGGAGCCCAUCCUCCUUUGUCUUGGUUGCUGCAGGUUUAUCCAGAUGUUAGUAUUUUGGGCUUCCAUGUUGGAGUGUGACUUUCAGUGACACUCUCAUCAUGCAGGUGUGUGUGACUGUCUAUAUUGUCUAUCCUGACAGAUAUAAGAAGCCAGAGAAAGGAACACACACCCUUCUUCCACACACAUGCAUGUCUCAGGGUCCUCAGAAUUAGCAGAGAGCAGGAGUCAGGCAGACGUGGCCUCACUGAGACACACGUGCAGAAAGAGGUGGACGGGAGAGGAGGAGAGAGGAAAUCACAGAUGACUCCUCUGUGGGAGGGUAUGAGACGUGACAGGGACUUGUCCCUCUCCACCUCACACCAAAAACCCCUCUCACCCACCUCAACACCCCCCCCCCCCCCCCCCCCCCCCCCCCCCACACACACACACACUCAUUACAGUUCAUUAGCAGUUCUGUCACUGCGGUGGCCACCAUAGGAACCCAGCAGCACUCGAUUAGCACAGAUGUGACCCACUCUCAUACACACUCUUCUGCACUGACUAGAAACGUUGCACUGUGGAAUCAAUGUAUGCAGAUUGUUAAUGUAAAUGUAAAUUUUAUUUAAAUGGACUAUGUAAGGGACGUCUUAGGAAAACAGGUUUUGUAUGAUCAUUUGGUGAAUAGCCAUGUGAAUGGACCGUGGACUUUUCUAGGUUAACUAUGGGUUGAUUGUAGACUGUAAGUUAGAUUUGGUGUUAUGCUAUUUGAUGGGUUAGUAAUUUAAAGUUGUGUGCAUGUGUGAUGGGGUUAGUAUUGAUAUCCUGUAUGUGCUGUGUUUUUCAGGAAACGGAAGAAGACUUGGCUGAAGCAGAGGAGUACAAAGAGGCCAGGACCGUAUUGGAUUCAGUGAAGCUUGAAGGAUGAUGUUCUCACUCUGUAAUGCACUACUUAAAUGUCCAUUCCAUUCGUCUGGGCUUGUUUGGAAUCAUAGACAAACAGAAUCAUUCAGCACUCUUUUUCUCACUCUUUUUUUAUUUUAUUUCUACAUUUGAGAACAACGUGUCGUCUGAUCUUGACAUCCUUCUCCGGAGUGCACAAUCUCACACAAGCAUCAAAUAAACACUUCUUUCUUUUCCUACCAUGGGGGUUUGCUUGGCUGCAAAUGAAGCCUAAUUGUAUUGUUUAUCUCAUUAAAGCUAUAGGACUUAA